AUGGGCCUGUUGCAGAAGAUCGUUCGCAAUGAAGCGACUAAGUCAGACCCCCCCGAGAUUUACAACGCCCGAGUAAUUCUCGUCAGCUUCGUGGCAUGCGGUGGUGCCUUGCUGUUCGGUAUGGAUAUGGGCAUCAUCGGGGGUGUCUUGACGAUGGACACAUUCAAGAGACAAUACGGCCUGAUGGACCAACCAAAGACCGUCCUCGCCAACCUCGAAUCGAACAUCGUGUCCGUGAUCCAAGCAGGAGCCUUCGCCGGUGCCCUGUUCUCGACCUGGCUCGCCAACCGAGUUGGUCGUCGUUUCUCGCUCAUCAUUGCCUCCAUAUUGGUGUUCAUCGGCGUGGCCCUGCAGGCCGCUGCCAGUGGUCAUAUCGAGGCGAUUUACGUUGGUCGGCUCAUCGCAGGUAUCGCCAUCGGUAUCGCAUCCUCCGUGAACCCUUUGUACGUUUCGGAAAACGCGCCUCGCGGCAUUCGAGGACUAUUGACCGGUCUAUACCAACUGAGCAUUGUGACUGGUCUCACUCUCGCCUUCUGGAUCAACUACGGCUCUCUGCUUCACAUCAAAGGGCACACCCAGUACAUGCUCCCUCUCUCCCUCCAAGCCUUCCCAGCCGUCAUCCUCUUCGUGGGUAUGCUCCUAGCCAACGAGUCGCCCCGUUUCCUCGCCCAGCGCAAUCCCGACAAAGCACUCGCUGUUCUCGCCAAGCUGCGAGGUCUGCCCUCGGCUCACCCGUACAUCCUGCAAGAGAUGGACGGUAUCUCCAGGCAACUUGAGGAGGAACGGGCGCUGGCGAUCAACGCGUCGGCGUUUUCACUGUUGAAGGAGGCGUUCACCAUCAAGUCGUACCGCCGGCGGAGUCUGCUCUGCAUCACGCUCAUGAUGUGGAGUAACUUGACCGGGACGAAUGCCAUGACGUAUUACAGUCCGCGCAUCUUCGCCAGUGUCGGCUUGUCUGGGUCCUCGGCUGGGUUGUUCGCUACUGGCGUAUACGGUAUCGUCAAGAUGGUCUCCUGUGCCAUCUUCAUAGUCUUCGUGACGGAUACUCUAGGCCGAAGGAAGAGUUUGUUGUGGACGGGUAUCGUCCAGGGACUCGCGCUUUUCUAUGUUGGCUUUUACAUCAGAUUCGACCCUCCUAUCACAGGCGAGUCGGUCAGCGCCCCAGGCUACGUCGCUCUUGUUGCCAUUUACAUAUUCGCCGCUGUUUACCAAUUCGGAUGGGGCCCCGUCGUCUGGACCUACUCCUCCGAAAUCCCGCCCGCCCGCCUGCGCGCGUUGAUGAUGGGCAUGGCCACGGCCAGCCAGUGGCUCUUCAACUUUGUCGUGGCCAAGGCGACGCCCAGCAUGUUCGCGACCCUCGGCACGAACGGCUUCGGCACGUACUUCGUCUACGGAACGUUCUGCUUCGUCAUGGUCGCCUUCGCGUGGUUCUUCGUGCCGGAGACCUCGGGGAUUGCGCUGGAGCAGAUGGAUGAGUUGUUCGAGAAGGACUCUCUGCGAGAUAAGCUGCUGUUCAGGAAGGGGCCACAACUGAGCUCGAGGGGAAGUGCCGCGGAGGAUGGGGUGCUGGAUAAGAAGGAUGCUGAGCAUGUGGAAGUUGCUUGA